AUGCAAAUCAAAUUUUUAGCUUUAUUAUCAACCAUUGCUUUGGUUAAAUCAGAUGACGUUGACUUCUUAACUGGAUUAGUCAAUGAUUACAAAAGUCAUACCGCUGAUUACUUAAAAUUCAUUCAAACUGCUGAUUCAGUUCCUGCUGCUUUAACUUCAUUAGCUGUUCAAGUUGCUACUUAUACCGACGAUUCAUAUACCACCUUAUUAGCUGAUAGUGAUAUUAAUGUAUCAUCAUUGAAAGCUUUUGCUACUGAAUUACCAUGGUAUUCAAGAAUAGAAGAAGAUGACGGAAGUGAUUCUGAUUCCGAUAGUAAAUCUGAUUCAUCUUCAUCUUCAUCUUCAUCAUCUGCUGCUUCAAGUUCCGAAGCCGAUUCAGGUGUUGCCAAAUUAGGUGUUGGUGCUUUAUUAGGUUUAGCUGGUAUCGCCUUAUUAUAA